CCCCCUUUCUUGCGAUAACGUCAGUCGUCCGCGACCAUAUCGCCGUACAGAGAUGUUCGUCCUGGAGUGGCUGAGCGACGCGCUCUCGUACCUGGGCAUCUGGCAGAAGGGCGGCAAGCUGCUCUUCCUGGGCCUCGACAACGCGGGCAAGACGACGCUGCUGCACAUGCUGCGGGAGGACCGCAUGGCGCAGCACGUGCCCACGCUGCACCCAACUUCGGAGGAGCUCCGCGUGGGCAACGCGCGUUUCACCACGUUCGACCUGGGCGGCCACGUGCAGGCGCGCCGCGUGUGGCGCGACUACUUCCCGGCAGUGGACGCCGUCGUGUUCCUGGUGGACGCGCACGACCGCGAGCGCUUCGCCGAGUCCCGCGCCGAGCUGGACGCGCUGCUGGCCGACGAGCAGCUGGCCGGGUGCCCCGUGCUCGUGCUGGGCAACAAGAUCGACAAGCCGGGGGCGGCGAGCGAGCACGAGCUGCGCUCCUUCUUCGGGCUCCAGGCGCAGGUCACGGGAAAGGGCAGCGUGCCCCGGGCCGAGCUGGGCGAGGUGCGGCCCCUCGAGACGUUCAUGUGCAGCGUGCUGCGGAGGCAGGGGUACGGCGACGGCUUCCGCUGGCUGGCGCAGUACGUCUAGGGCUGUUCGGCGGCCACGACGUCUGGCCCGCGUCUGGCCGCGCGACAGAAGGACGACGGAAAGGCGUUCCUUCCCUUGUCUGGAAUCACAACGGCGCAGGUCAUCGGGCCGUUGUGAACGGCGAAGAGCAAGGACGUACGGGAGCGUUGGCCAUGGUCCCUUUUCUUUCUUCUUUCUUUCUUUUCUUCACUGCGGAGGAGUGGGUUAGGAACGUUACCGGACAUUGAGACACUACGUUGUCUGUGCAACACGCUUCCAGCACUCUCCCUGUUUGUUUUGUUUUUUUCUUCUCAUUCCUGCUUCCCGCACAGUUUAAUCCAUCGCAACGAACGGCGUGCGCGUGUAGUAGUGCGAAUCAAGCAAGAAAGGCUUCCAGCUGACAAGGACAGAAGCGUCAGGGUUCCUAUAGCUGACAAGGACAGAAGGGACAUGUCGUCGUCCCACACGCGAUGCGCCUGCACUUGGACGCCCAGACCGACUCUGUUUCUGUUUUUUCUCCUUCCGUUGGUUCCUUUUAUGUAUGCUUUUCAUUCCUUUUUCUUUUUUUCAUUCGAGCUGCUGUGAGCUUGCGUCCUUCAAUACAUGGUCAGCCUAAAGCGCAUUGUUUCAGCGUGCUUAACAUAAACAAUGUACUCACUAAACCACGCCAGGAAAGAAAAGAAGGGAUAGGAGGGGGGACGCCUAGCUUCCAAGAGAGACACUUGCCGCGCACGGCCUUUCGUCGAGUGCCAUUCGCGGCGUUUUCUCUUGGGUGCGGCCUG